AUGGGUCGUGCGCUCAAUCUAUUCGUAAAACCUUUCGCUCCAAAAUACGUGCGCACAGCUACAACGGGAUGCCCGUUCUCAAAACGCCAGCGUUCCCAAAUAGCGCCAACCGCCGCGCUCAAUGAAGAAAUAUUUGCUAAUGCGAAACCAUAUUCGGAAGUACCCGGCCCUAGACCCAUACCAUUGCUUGGUAAUACGUGGCGAAUGGUUCCCGUGAUAGGGCAGUACGAUAUAUCGGAAUUCGCUAAAGUGACUAAGCUGUUUUUGGAUAAGUACGGCAGGAUUGUUAGAUUGGGUGGUUUGAUAGGUAGACCUGAUCUGCUGUUUGUGUAUGAUGCUGAUGAAAUCGAGAGGAUGUAUAGAAGAGAAGGUCCCACUCCAUUCAGGCCUGCUAUGCCGUGUCUCGUUAAAUAUAAGUCGGAAGUGAGAAAGGAUUUCUUCGGGGAGUUACCUGGUGUGGUUGGCGUGUGA